AUGGCUACCUUAUCAAUCAAGGAAGAGGAUAUUCCGCUGCAGAGCGGCAGAAAGGCCCUUAUCACAGCCAAAGUCUUGGCAACUAAGGGUGCCGAUGUUGUUAUCCUUGACAUCUCGGAGCCUGAGGAGACGUUGCCGUCAACAAUUUGUUUUCGCAAGUGCGAUAUCAGCCAGUGGUCUGAUCUGCGCGAUGCGUUUGCCGAUGUUGGUGUCAUUCACAUCGCUGUUGCAAAUGCUGGGCAGAGUGAAGAUGGUACAUACCUCACCGACUCUUUCGACGCCCAGGGCAACUUGCUCGAACCGAACUACGAUGUUAUUGACGUAAACCUCCGUGGAACUUUGAACUUUGUCAAGCUGGCACUGCAUAACAUGAGAUCCAAUCAGACGAAAGGAAGCAUCGUUCUGACGUCGAGCGCGACUGCAUACUCGGCCGAGCAAUCACUACCGGUGUACAGUGGCACAAAAGCAGCGGUAAGAACAGUGCUAUGUGAGGCUUUGAAGAAAUCUCACUGA